GGUCCACGUGUUGCGGUGUCCUGGGCUUGCAGCUCGCUCUCAGUGUGCAGUCACAGUUACACAGCACUUUCUAUGUGUGCUGUGCUUGUGCCAAGUCAUCGCCCGUAUUAAAGCUCCUGACCGGGGGCGAGCGCGUCAGAAUACCGGAAGGAGCUGAGCUUCACAGCACAUCAUGGGCACUGACAGCACUGCAGCCAGGACCCUGCUGGCCAAGGCGGACACCCUCUACCUGCAGACUGGCAACAUGAUGAACUGGGGCCGCUUGAAGAAGAAAUGCCCUACAGCCUCCAGCGAGGAGCUGAAAGAUUGCAUCAGAACAGUGCUGAAUGAAUGGAGCUUAAAAAUCAAUCCAGAACUUGUACAGGAACUCCCUCAUACUUUAGAAUGUUCAUUGUCUCAAGUGACGGAGACCAUAAACCCAGAAGAAAGAGACGAAAUGAAAUUAUCCGCCAAGCUAUUUAUCGUGGAUUCUGACCUGUCCUCAAUCAGACAUGCUGUAGAUCUGGCUUGUUCCACCCUUGGCGUUCCCCAGUUAGAUUCUGUGAUCAUUGCACCACCCCCACUGGAAGACGGAUUCAGUCUUACAUUGGAAAACUUACAACCUUACUGGAGAGAACUUGAAAGUCUUGUUUGGGACAAGAAAGUUGUUGCUAUAGGAACGUCGGAUUUAGAUAAACCUCUCUUGGAACAGCUUUACUUUUGGGCUCAGGUGAAGCCAAACAGCAACCAGGUGAAUCUUGCAUCCUGUUGCAUAAUGCCUCCGGAUCUUACGGCAUUCGCCAAGGAAUUUGAUAUUCAAUUACUAACUCACAGUGACCCAAAAGAACUGCUUUCAAAAGAAAUGUUCCAGGAAGCUCUGAGAGAGGGCACAGAGGAAUGUCAAGUCAGUGAGUGGUCACCCAUGUGGAUCCUUCGAUACUCUGUCAUCGUCAAGACACGUGGGAUUAUAAAAUCAAAAGGUUACAUUUUACAAGCUCAAAGGAAGCCUCCAUCUACCAACAGCCUGUGAUGUCUCUCAAGAAGCAAGUGACCCAUAUUUUAGAGACACGUUGUCUUGUAGCAUGAAAAAUGACAUUUUUCCCAAGACCAAAUUAGUCAAUUUCUGUAUCCAGAAUGAUGUUUACAAAACUGAAGCCAUGUCCUGACCAUGAAGUGCACAUCACUGUGGAAUUGUAUUUAGUGUGAAAUAUAUGGCUAUUGUAAAAAAAAAAAAAAAAUGUAAUUGUUGGAUCAGGUCCUUCUGUAGAUUGUCCUUAAUUAUUAUUUUUGUUUUGUCUUUAUUGGAGGUUCUCGUGAUAUUUGCCCCAUUGACAUUAGGUGUUUUUAAAAUUCUUGCCUAACUCAGUAGCUCAUAAACCGAAAUGGAAUUACUUAUAUAGUAAUACUUCACAGCUUUAUGUAGGGCAAAGAGUCUGUAGCGGUUAACUAUUUUAUUGCAGUUAUCUGAAGGAAGUUUACUGUAUAUUAAAACUGAUAUCAGAAGGAAAAACCCUACACUAUUACCAUUUUCACUGACUUGAAUUUCCUUUAUGGAAACUUUUUGUAAAACAAUAUCUGCAAGUGUGGAUUACCUGUAAACAAAACAUUGAUGGCAGCAGGAAGUUUUUUGAGAAAAUAUUAUAUGUGGCUUUUAAUUUUUCUGAUGUAGGAAAUGAAUUUAACAAAAGCAGUUUAGAUAAUAAUUUAAGGGACACUCUAGACCCCUUAAGAUUCUUGAGUAUCCCCCCAUUUUACAAAAAUUGCAGAUUUCAAUAGAAAAUGUUCACCUUUAUAAAUUAACCUUGUUAAUUUAGCUGCCAAUCAGACAACCAAUCCUGGGUUGGUUAGCUCAGUGGAGCUAAACUCAAGAGGCAGGCAAUUGCAUUGCAAAGACUUCUUG